AUGCUAACAUUCGCAGGUCCAAACUCCACAAAUGAACACCCACCUCAAUACUGUCACCCAAGCUAUAAGUGUGCAGGAAAUCGCGCCCAUAAGUGGGGCUGCGAUCCACAAGGUAUCUUAGAGCCUGUCCUCUGUGAUCAGGGCUUUUAUUGUCCAGCUGGAGGAAAGAAAAAGAUCAAAUGUGCUGCAGGAACCUUCUGCCCGCAAGGGUCCUAUCAGCCGUUCACGUGUGCGUACGGAGCAAUUUGUGCUGAAGGUGCUGCAAGACAGAUAGAGAUGGUGCCCCUGGCUGUCAUGGUGACAGUCGAUGCCAUAGUGGCACUGAUCGUCAUUAUCGGUUUCGGGAUCAGCAGGUGGAGAAAAGCCCGACCAAAGCGGUACACAACACUUGAAGGUGGAGAUGGCGCCGCGGAACACAUAGAACUUCUCAAGUCCUCUGCAAUGAUGGGCCGAUCCCCGUCGCCGAAUGUACAGGUAACAGCUCCAGAAGUCAUCACGGUCAAACCGACGCCAACACAUGCUCGUCGAGCCAGCGGACAUGUUGAUAAUCAUGACGGGUUUACAGACGACUCUGACGAAUCGACUCUGCUCUACGAUGAUGAUCCUGUAGAGGAUGAUUACCAUAACUCCGCUGAUAUGCAGCGCUUCAUCCGAUCGAUGAGCAAAACCGUCGAGACGGCAUCAAUCGGGCUGAGCUUUGAUUUCGAGGACCUUUCCUUCACCACCAAAGGCGGUAAGAAGAUUUUGCAAGGUAUCACUGGCAACAUGCCACGAGGAAGCUGCUGGGGUGUUAUGGGAGGGUCAGGAGCCGGAAAAUCCACCUUUCUCAAUGUGCUCAUGGGCAAGGCUCGUGCCACCGGUGGCUCCAUCAAGAUCAACGGAUGGACGAAAGACAUGAGCAAGUACAAAAAGCUCAUCGGUUAUGUUCCGCAGGAUGACAUUGUCUUCCCUGAACUUACUGUCCGAGAAAACAUCUUGCAUUCCGCCCGCUGUCGGCUUCCGUCAACGUGGCGCGACAAGGCUAUUCAAGACCACGUGGACGCGCUGAUUGCUUGCUUGCAGCUCACACAUGUCCAACAUUCGCGAGUUGGAGAUGCAACCCGGCCAGUCGUGUCUGGCGGUCAAAGAAAACGUGUCAAUAUCGGAAUGGAAUUGGCUUCUGCACCCAUGGCCAUCUUCCUCGACGAACCCACGAGUGGUCUCGAUGCUACCAGCGCUGGUAGUAUCAUGCGAUUAAUACGAGCCAUCAGUCGCCUGGGUGUCACGACCGUUGCUAUUAUCCACCAGCCGCGCGAACAGAUCUUCUAUGGUUUCGACCAGCUGCUUCUCCUCUCCCAAGGUCGAUCCGUCUACAGUGGCGCCACCGACCAGGUUCAGCAAUACUUUGAGAGCUUGGGUUUUGCGUUCCCGCCACGAGCGAACCCUGCAGAUACCUUGAUCGAUGUCAUCACCGGCGAUGGUGCCCAAUAUGUUGUUGGUGCAAACAAAGGACUGAGUGAUGUUCCCACGUUGAUUGAAGAGUGGAAAGAGAAAGGCCAAUAUUUCUUGGAAGGCAAAAGCAUGCUUGAUCCAACUCAAACCCAGCAGCAACGUCGUAUUAGCCAUCACAGCAUGAGCUCAACAGCAGAGCAAGAGACGUCUCUCAAAGCGACAAUGAAGGCCAGGGGAGCCAGCUGGUAUGCACAAGUCUACUAUUGCUGGAAGCGGGCCAUGACGCAGCAGGUCCGAAACAAAACGUCUUUCUUCUUUGAGAUCGGCGUCGGUGCUCUAGCUGGUCUGAUCAUUGGCCUGUCCGCCUUUGCUGCUGAAGGUCGGCUCUUCCAAGGUAUGUAUCACAACUCUUUCUCAAUCCUGAGCCCUGCCGUCGACUAUGCAAGCACACCACAGGUCGGCUUGCUCGGUGCCAUGGCAAUUGGACUAGCUGCUUCGGCACCAGGAUUUUGGGUGUUCGGGGAGGAAAAAAUGAUGUACUACCGCGAGACAGCUUCUGGUCACUCGCGCUCUGCGUACUAUGUUGGAAAGCUCCUUUCCACGCUCAUCCGAUUGGGUUUGAGUAGUCUGCAUUUCAGCGUCUUCAUGGGCGUGCUUGCCACGCCUCUCAUGAGCUUCGGAAAGAUGUUCACUGUGAACCUGAUGUACUUCUGGUGCAUCUACGGUCUGGCCAGCGUCGUCAGCAUGUUCGUCAAGCGUGAAGAUGGACCGCUGUUGGCCGUCCUGGCAUCCCUCAUCAUCGGCAUCCUGGGAGGUGUUGCGCCACCGCUCUCAACAGUAAAAGGCUGGCAUAUGGAAUGGUUGUGGCGCGCCUCGCCUGGAGUCUGGUUCACAGAGAGCUACUGGACGGAAAACCUUUCUCCGCUUGGUUAUCUGUAUAUGAUCGACACGGCAAGCCAGGCGGUCGGCUUUACGCUCGGACAAUAUGCACUUGAUGUCGGGGUACUCUUUCUUAUCGGCGCCAUCUAUCGAGUCGUGGCAUACGUCGGAUUGAUCAUGGUCCAUCGCGACAAGCAACGAUGA